UGCCCCAACCAGGGGCUGUGCGCGGCCGGCGCGGCCGGGCCGGACCCGGGUUGCUCUGCUGGACAUCGAUAUCUGCGGGCCAUCGAUCCCUAAAAUAAUGGGUCUGGAAGGAGAACAGGUUCAUCAGAGUGGAUCUGGAUGGUCUCCAGUGUAUGUUGAAGAAAACUUAGGUGUCAUGUCAGUGGGGUUCUUGCUUGGCAGCCCUGAUGAUGCAGUCAUCUGGAGAGGACCAAAAAAAAAUGGGCUGAUCAAGCAGUUCCUCCGUGACGUGGACUGGGGGGAGGUCGAUUACCUGAUCGUGGACACACCUCCGGGGACGUCGGACGAGCACCUGUCCAUCGUGCAGUACCUCAGUGCCACCCACAUCGAUGGGGCUGUCAUAGUCACCACCCCGCAGGAAAUCUCGCUUCAGGAUGUUCGGAAGGAGAUCAACUUCUGCCACAAGGUGAAACUGCCCAUCAUAGGUGUUGUGGAAAACAUGAGUGGCUUUGUGUGUCCAAAGUGUAAGAAAGAAUCUCAGAUCUUUCCCCCAACUACUGGUGGUGCAGAGAAGAUGUGCCAGAAUUUGAAUGUUUCCCUCCUGGGUAAAGUGCCUCUGGAUCCACAGAUAGGAAGAAGUUGUGACAGAGGCCAGUCAUUCCUGUCCGAAGCACGAGAUUCUCCAGCUACAUUGUCUUACAGGAAUAUCAUUCAAAGAAUUCAGGAGUACUGUGAACAACAACAUUCUCUAGAAGAAAAGAUGAUCUAAUCUGUGAAUGGAAUAAAAAAUGUAGCUCUCGUUUAAAAGUAACUUAUGCCUUGAUCUAAUAGAAGGAAUGUAUUCUUUUUGUAUAUUGCAAAUAAAUUCUUAAUAUAAA